GGUCGUCCAAGGGUAUUCUGGUAAUAUAUGGUGACUUCUGGCCUUAAGUUAGUCAUGAAAUAGGCCCGGCCCAUCUUAUGGAAUCAGUGUCGAUCGACACCAAGGCUGUGUCAUUGAUCGAUACUCCUUCUAAUCCUCGAUAGCUUCCUCUCGCGAGGCAGAUGUACAACUCUUCAGUAAAUCGGGCCUAAUUUUAGAUCUAACCGUUGGAUGGACCUAAAACUGGUGGCACUGGAUAUCUAACUCAAAUAUCUAUCUUAUGUCAAAAUAUCAGCUAAAUCGCACCGUGGAAAAGCCUCCAUACUAGCUAAACGUCUGACGCAUCUGUGCAGUUACGCACCUUAAAAAGCUCCAUAAUCACCUAAGUUCUCUAGAACGUACCUGAACCUAAAAAUACUCUAAAACAGACUCUAAACACAUACAAUAUACUCUAAAACAAUUAUAUACCAUGGUCUAAUUGUGUUAAAAUCCAUGGUAUAUCAACUCCCUCAGACUUACCAUUUUGCUUGUCCUCAAGCAAAACAUAGAGUAGUCAUGUGAAAGAGGUUUUUGAAAACAGUCGGGACUCAAUUAUUUUAAAAUCACUACUCUCAUUUCUGCAAAUAUGAUAAGUGGUAAUGAGUCAAUACUAACCUCAGAUGAUUCAAUGUACUACACUCUAGCUUAGUAACCAUUACCAUACUUCACACAACUCCACUGAUAGCACCUGACAUACCCCUCUACUGAUAUCAUUUCUGUAUAAAGAUAAAUUUGUAAGCUACACCUUGGGAGUAUCGAUCAAGGGACACAAAAGAGAUGAGCACUGCAGUGAUGUGAGGGCUUUGCUUUGACAUAACUCCAUCACCACCUCGAACUCUUCACCCUCGCUACUAAGCACCACCACGCUCCCUCCGAUUUCGAGACCGGUGACGACAGCGACGAACUCAGACUUGUGCCAUCGUCUCUUCUUCGAUGGUGGUCCAACAACCAGUUGCUUCUUCCUCAUCAGGUUCAUCGUCGAUGUUGUUGCUGAAGAAAGAAGAAUGAAAAGUCGUAUAGGAGAAGAAAAGUGAGAAAGAGAAAGAUUAAAUUGUACUUGACGCAUCUGUACAGUUAUGCACCUUGAAAAGCUCCAUAAUCACCAAAGUUCUCCAGAACGUAUAUGAACCUAAAAAUACUCUAAAACAGACUCCAAACACAUUUAAUAUACUCUAAAACAAUUAUAUAUCAUGGUCUAAUUGUGUUAAAAUCCAUGGUAUAUCAACUCCCUCAAACUUACCAUUUUGCUUGUUCUCAAGCAAAACAUAGAGUAGUCAUGUGAAAGAGGUUUUUGAAAUCAGUCGGGACUCUCUUAUUUUAAAAUCACUACUCUCAUUUCUGCAAAUAUGAUAAGUGGUAAUGAGUCAAUACUAACCUCAGAUGAUUCAAUGUACUACACUCUAGCUUAGUCACCAUUACCAUACUUCACACAACUCCACUGAUAGCACCUGACAUACCCCUCUACUGAUAUCAUUUCUGUAUAAAGAUAAAUGUGUAAGCUACACUUUGGGAGUAUCGAUCAAGGGACACAAAAGAGAUGAGCAUUGCAAUGAUGUGAGGGCUUUGCUUUGACAUAACUCCACCACCACCUCGAACUCUUCACCCUCGCUACUAAGCACCACCACGCUCCCUCCGAUUUCGAGACCGGUGACGACAGCGACGAACUCAGACCUGUGCCAUCUUCUCUUCUUCGAUGGUGGUCCAACAACCAGUUGCUUCUCCCUCAUCGGGUUCAUCUUCGAUGUUGUUGCUGAAGAAAGAAGAAUGAAAAAUCAUAUAGGAGAAGAAAAGUGAGAAAGAGAAAGAUUAAAUUGUGGCAUUUGGAUUACAUUGCAUCAAUAGCUGAGAAUUGUGAUAUUUGAGAAAGAAAAAUUAACCAAUGAGAGAGAAGGUUGGAGUUAGAUAAAAGAAUAGAUUUAGCCCUCAAUCAAUGGUCAUAAAAAACAAUAAUUUUUUUUUAGAUUUCUUUUUAAUUGUUUUAUAAAUUUCCUAAAUGUAAAGAUUAGGUAUUAUAAUUUAACAUAUGAAAUAUAAAUUUUGAUUAGAUUUUUGUGGUUAUAUGAUUUUCAGAACUGCAUAAUGGGGUUUUUAUAAUCAGUUUGUGUAAAGUGUUUUGUGUUAUGAUUUUAAGGUUAGAAGUUUUGAAAGUAUAAGGGUUAGAGUUUCUAUAUAAGUAUUGGUGAUUAAGAUUUGGAUUUUAUAUCUAUUGGAUGUAUGGUUUAUAUAUGUUUCAUGUUAGGAUUUAGGGUAUAGAGUUUGAUUGAGGAAUUAAGGUUUGUGUGUUUGGAAAUAUAUUAAAAUUAAAAAGAAUAAAUUUGAGUUCAAAUUUAAGAUUUGAAGUUAUAGUACGAGAAUAUAAGAGUUUUAAGGUUUAUACUUAGAUUUUAAGGUUUAAAAAUUUGUUUAGAGUUUAGGGAUUUAGAAAAACCAAACAUAGCAUUUUAAUUAUUUUGCUAUUAAACAUACAUUAUCAUAACAUUUCCAAAUAUAAUAUUCUAUUAUAGCGUUUCUAAAUAUAAAAACGCUAUCUAAAACUAGGUAUGUCAACUAUAGCAGAUUGACAAAAAAAUAUUAUUUUCUACUACUAUCAAAUUCAUAUUUCUUGUAGAGUGUGUUUAAACUUGAGGAGAGCGUUGACAAAAAGAAAUAAAUACAUGCUUUGGGAACUGAAGUCUUCUGCAUGUACUUCAUUUGUUAUCUUAUGUUGGAAUCUCUUGUUCUCUGCAUGUUGAGUAUUGUGAUAUUACAAGCUGUAUAAAAUAUGUAAUAUGUUCUAAAUAAUAAAAUUAAGGAAUUUAUUCUCUUUAUCUCUCUCUUGUUCUUCACUGAUUUUUCUCUAAUCUGAAAAUUUAUCCCCUGUUCGAAAUCUCACAUUUCUAUCGGUACUUAUCAUUCAAAAUUCUAUACCACAAUACUACUCUUUAUGUCAAAUCGAAACCAUAGAUAAAACACAUGUAUACACCGCUAGAAGUAGUGCAUGAUUUGUUCGGGUUUAUGAGGAGAUGUAGGUGCGGUUUUGAUUGUAACGUCUCCUGUGAAUUUAAUCUCGAUGGAAGUACACGUGUCCAUAUUUGUAAUAGUGACACAAAAAGAAGACAAAAAAUCUUUAAAGUGCCCACCGAAACAGAAAGCAUAAAUAGCGGAGAGAAGCAAGAUGAGUUUCAGCAAAUAAAAGGCGAUAAAAAACAUACAUCACUAUUACUCCAUGAUGAUGAAGCACAAAGCCAACAUGGCAAUGGUGUUUGUACAGAUUAUAUACGCAGGAAUGCCAUUGCUCUCAAAAGUGGCCAUCUCUCAAGGGACCAACCCUUUUGUCUUUGUUUUCUAUCGACAAGCCUUCGCUGCUCUGGCGUUGUCCCCUUUCGCAUUCUUCCUUGAAAGCGCCAAAUCAUCUCCUCUGUCGUUCGUCUUGCUGCUGAAAAUUUUCAUGAUCUCCUUAUGCGGACUCACGUUAAGUCUCAAUCUCUACUAUGUGGCCAUCGACAACACCACGGCCACUUUUGCAGCAGCAACCACCAACGCCAUUCCCUCUAUCACCUUCGUAUUGGCUCUUCUUUUCAGACUAGAGACGGUGACGUUAAAGAAGUCAUACGGACUAGCGAAAGUAUUUGGUUCGAUGGUUGGUAUGUUGGGCGCAUUAGUGUUCGCCUUUGUGAAAGGGCCAAGUUUGAUCAAUCAUUAUAGCAACAAGACCAUUCCAAACAAAGCCGUUCCAUCAACAAAAAAUUCUGUAAAAGGAUCAAUCACUAUGCUUGCCGCCAAUACCUGCUGGUGUUUGUGGAUUGUAUUGCAGAGCAAGGUGAUGAAAGAAUACACAGCGAAGUUGCGACUGGUAACACUUCAAUGCGUCUUCAGUUGUAUGCAAACCGCAGUUUGGGCAGUCGCAGUGAACAGAAGUCCAUCAGUUUGGAAGAUCGAAUUUGGCUUACCUCUUUUAUCAAUGGCUUAUUGUGGAAUUAUGGUAACUGGAUUCACAUAUUGGUUACAAGUAUGGGCCAUAGAGAAGAAAGGACCAGUAUUCACUGCACUCUACACUCCUUUAGCUCUCAUCAUUACAUGCAUCGUCUCAUCUUUCCUUUUCAAGGAAACACUUUAUCUUGGAAGUGUUUGUGGAGCAUUUUUGUUGGUGUGUGGACUAUACAUUGGUCUAUGGGGUAAAACUAAAGAAGACGAAGUACAAAUAUAUGGGGAAAAGCAAAGUCAACAAGAGAUUAAAGAAGAGAUUAUCGUCUAAUAUUCCGUGUCUAUGUGUACUUUGUCCCAACCAUCACCACAUCAAUAAUGUCCGCAUUGAAUGCAUGUAAACAUAAUUGUGGAGUUUUCUCCAUCUUUUCUUUAUGUUCAACGAAUUGAUUUUAUUGUUCUGGGUUUA